AAGAGGUAAAAUAUAGGGAAACUCUACUUCUAUGGCCUAUAUAAACCUCCAAAGUCUCUUUUUGAGUUAAUAUUGUUUUAUUUGCUUCUUUGCUGCAUUUGGAGAGAAACUAAAAAGAAAAAAAGAGAGAAAUGAAGCAUUGGGUUCUGAUUUUGUUUGGUUUUCUAUUGUUUCAAGAGCAAGGAAUUUUGCUGCAUGUGAAAGCUGAUGAUGGGUUUGUUAAAACCAAAGGGGUGCAACUAAUGUUGAAUGGAAGCCCAUUCUAUGCAAAUGGAUUCAAUGCUUAUUGGCUCAUGUACAUGGCUGCUGAUUCAUCUCAGAGAAGCAAAGUCUCAACUGCAUUUCAACAAGCUAAACAGCACGGCCUCAACAUAGCCAGAACUUGGGCUUUCAGUGAUGCUGGAGACAGACCUCUUCAGUACUCACCUGGCUCCUACAAUGAGCAAAUGUUCCAGGGAUUGGAUUUUGUAGUAUCUGAGGCAAAGAGAUAUGGGAUUAAGCUAGUUUUAAGUUUUGUGAAUAACUAUGAUCAGUUUGGAGGGAAAAAACAGUAUGUGAACUGGGCAAGAAAUCAAGGACAAUCCAUUGGCUCUGAUGAUGAUUUCUUUACAAACUCCGUUGUGAAGGAAUACUACAAGAACCAUAUCAAAGCUGUUCUUACAAGACAUAACAGCCUGACUGGAUUGGCUUACAAAGAUGAACCAACAAUAAUGGCGUGGGAGCUUAUGAAUGAACCCAGGUGCCUCUCAGAUCCAUCAGGACGGACCAUCCAGGCCUGGAUUACAGAGAUGGCUUCUCACGUGAAGUCCAUUGAUGGAAAUCACUUACUGGAAGCUGGUUUGGAAGGGUUUUAUGGGCCAUCAUCGUCUCAAAAGCAGCAAUAUAACCCUAACUUUCAAGUAGGAACUGAUUUCAUUGCAAACAAUCAGAUCCCGGGCAUUGACUUUGCUACAGUUCAUUCGUAUCCUGAUCAAUGGUUACAAAGCUCAAGUGAUGAAACCCAAAUAGCCUUCUUGAAUAAUUGGCUGUACAAUCACAUCCAAGAUGCUCAGAAUAUCCUUCAGAAGCCUUUGCUAUUUGCGGAGUUUGGAAAAUCAUUGAAAAUUUCUGGUCCUAACCAAAGAGACGAGCUGUUCAACACGGUCUACACCGCAAUUUACUCAUCAGCUAGGGGUGGAGGUGCAGCCGUCGGUGGAUUAUUCUGGCAACUUUUUGCUGAAGGAAUGGACUCUUUCCGAGAUGGUUACGAGGUAAUCAUGAGCGAAGGCACCUCAACUGUCAACAUCAUUACUCAAGAGUCUCAAAAACUUAAUCGGAUUCGAAAGAUGUAUGUAAGGUUGAAGAACAUUGAGAAAUGGAAGAAAGCAAGGGAUAUCAAAAGGGCAGAACGGUGGGCUGGAAAAAAUGUCAGUAGUAACUCAGGAAAUUGAGAAAGAAAACUUGUCAUGGUAUUAUAGAAUAGUUAUGUGUUAAAGAAAAAGUAAAGCGAAUUCUCUCCGAGAAAUGAAUUGUAAUGAUUGAAGCUAAAGUGUAACAGAUUAUGUGAUUUGAGUACUGAUUUGAUGAACCAACUUAAUUUGUGCUGUAAGCUACAAUAGUGUUUUGCACUACUAAAUGAACUUCAAGCAAAUGGCUUAUGAAUUUCAUUGAAAAUUGCAUAGGAACUUAUAAUUUACAUAAACAAAGCAUUACUCCUAUAUGUUCACUGCAAAACAGCAGAAGAUGGCAGACUAGGGUUCUCAGCUUUCCGUCACCAGCUCAAUUG